GGGGUUUACUUGUCACCAGCUGUCAAAGUUAAUUUUCCUUUUUUUCGCGGAAGACGCCAUCGAUUUUGUUUAGCAAGCAGAUUUUGCGGUUCCCCAUUUUUCUUCGCACAACUAUGUCCACCGGCGACAUUACCCCCAAGGAUUCCGGCCUCUUGGCAGAAGAACAAUCCAAAGGUGAAUCGCAAGUUUCACCAUCGAAACAGGGGAUCGUGCGGGUAAAGUUUUACCUGUACGUGGAAAUGUGCGAAAACAAUCUACAGCUCGAGAAUCACGUGAAACGGUUGCAAAAUUUGCGCAAGGAGCUCAACUACAUCGACGAAACCGAUUGGCAGUACAGUUCGAUGGAUAAAUUCCUGGGCCGCAAUCAGUAA